AUGAAAUCUUCAGAAGGCAAUUAUACGAGGCGAUUUGUCGUAAACGAGGAUUGUAUAACACAGGAAGAUGAUUAUAUUGAAGCAGAAAUUGAGAGUCGUGAUAGUUUUCAUGUAAAUCAUACGGAUUUAUUUGGUGAAAAACUUUUAGAAUUGAAAUUUUCUUUAUUUCAUACGUCUGAUAAGAAUUUAUCAAUGAAUCAACAUGAUGAUAUGCUUGUACCAGGUACAGUACCUGAUAAUUACUAUCAAUCAAUAAUGACCGUAUCUAAUACAAAUAAUAUUUUACGGAAAACAAUCAAUAAAAUAACAUCAUUGUCAGCCGAACAAAUUAAUUCAAUAGAUUACCGACCCAUAUCGCAGUGUACUUAUAUAGUCGACAAUACGCGACGAAAACCAAUCGCGAGUAGAGAUUUUUUACCUGAUGUUCCCGAUAUUUCAAAUUGCUCACAAGAAAGUGAAUAUAUGGCUGUAUUCAGUUCAAAGCCGAAAAUUCUUCGAACUCCUGAAAAUCGACGAAAUUCAUCUGAUUUAUAG